CUUUUCCAUCCGGACUGAUGAUGUCGUACUCUACAACCCGCUCUGAGAAAAAACAAAACAACAACUCGUCCACACUUUGGUGUAUCGCUGUCAGUGGGCCACGGUGUCUGACGGACGGCGUGUUCAGCCAAUCACAGACCGGGCUUUGUAAUUAGUCCGGAUUGUGGCCAAUCACCGCUACGUGGCGGGACCCGGGGAUUCAGCGUUUGCAAGUAAAAGUUUAAGUCAAAGAAAGAAACCCAAGAUGACUACCGACACGCCGGCCCAAAGCGUGGGCUCCAGGAUAAUGACUUUCACCCCCUCCAAAGAGGAGUUCAAGGACUUCAGCCAGUACAUUGCCUAUAUGGAGUCACAAGGAGCACACAAAGCUGGAAUGGCAAAAGUUAUUCCACCCAAAGGCUGGAAACCCAGACAGACGUACGAUGACAUCGAUGACCUGGUGAUCCCCGCUCCCAUUCAGCAGGUGGUGACCGGCCAGUCGGGACUCUUCACCCAGUACAACAUCCAGAAGAAGCCGAUGACUGUCCACGAGUUCCGCAAGACCUCCAACAUGGACAAGUUCCGGAAUCCCAAAUACGCGGAUUUUGAUGAGCUGGAGAGAAAGUUUUGGAAGAACCUGACCUUCAACCCACCCCUUUAUGGCGCCGAUGUCAGCGGGACUCUGUAUGAUCCAGAUGUGACCGAGUGGAACAUCGGCCGCCUCAACACCAUUCUAGACACGGUGGAGAACGAGAGCGGGAUCAAGAUCAAAGGAGUCAACACACCCUACCUGUAUUUCGGGAUGUGGAAGAGUGCCUUCGCGUGGCACACGGAGGACAUGGAUCUGUACAGCAUCAACUACCUUCACUUUGGAGAGCCCAAGUCCUGGUACGUCGUCCCACCAGAGCAUGGGAAAAGACUGGAACGACUUGCCAAAGGUUUCUUUCCGGGCAACGUUCAGGGCUGUCAAGCCUUCCUGCGCCACAAGAUGACUUUAAUUUCACCUUCAAUCCUGAAGAAAUAUGGCAUACCAUUUGAGAAGGUCACUCAAGAAGCCGAGCAGUUCAUCGUGACGUUCCCUUUUGGUUACCAUACUGGUUUCAACCACGGCUACAACUGUGCCGAGUCGACCAACUUCGCCACUCGGCGAUGGAUCGAUUAUGGCAAACAGGCGACUCUGUGUUCCUGCCGUCAGGACAUGGUGAAGAUCUCCAUGGACGUGUUUGUGCGCGAAUUUCAGCCCGACCGCUACAAGCUGUGGAAGGCUGGGAAAGACAACGCUCCCAUUGACCACUCCAAAAUCACACCGGAGGCUGCCAAGUUUCUGGAAGAAGACAAGAGCGAGCCUCCAAAAGAGACUCCCAGUGAAGCUGGAUCUGAGGAGCCCCCUACUCCUGUCCCGGAGGACAAAAGUCCAAAGCCUCAAACUGGGACAAAGCGUCAGCUCGAAGCUGUUGAAGCCUCCGAAGACAUCAAACCUGAGCUGACAGUGAAGGAGACGGAGGAGGUGGAGCCGAAGAAGGCCAAGCUGUCACGCAAAGAGUCUCUGACUAAAGUCAAGCCAGACAAAGAUGCGGUGAAAGUCAAGGCGGAGCCUAAGAAGGCCAAAGACACCAAGCCUCAGACUAAACCUCAGUCCAAAGGCAGCGCAAAAAAAACUUUAAACCGGCAAAUUGUCUCAAAAAAAGAGAAGAACGCCGUGUCGUCGGCUGCAGACCCGUGUCCUCCUGAGCCCGUUGAGAGCCGGGCGGUGGCCCCGAGCUCCAAGGAGGCGGCGCCUCAGCUGGGCAGCAUCUGCAGUCCAGCACACAAGCUGUUCCAGAGGACGCUGAGCCCCGCGGACGUCCUGCAUGUUCACAGCUACGCCAAAGGAGACUACGGGGAGGCAGACGCCCCGCCCAAGCAGGACAUGAAGAGCGAGGACAGCGACGACGAGUCGGAGAAAGACAACAGACAUGUUCGCAAAGCACAGGUAGCAGAGGAGAUGGCAGGAGAUGGAGAGUCAGAGAGUGAUCUAGGACAGCUGCCAGGCCACCAUCCGCUCAUAAAGGACGGCAUGAGUGAAGAGGCUCUGAAGGAGGCCCCCCCAGUGGAGGAGGCUGGUCUGGAGGGGGAGAGCUGGGCUAAACCUCUGACUCACCUGUGGCAGAACAGACCUCCCAACCUGAAGAAAGAGAAGGUGUACAACCAGCGCAUGGGAUCCAAAGCUCCAUACUGCUCCAUCUGCACGCUGUUCCACACAUACCAGCAGACUGAAUGUGCGAGCGCUGUCGUUGGUCCCGUCAUGGUGGCCGGCGGGCAGAUGCGGACCAAGCCUUUGAUCCCGGAGAUGUGCUUCACCACCACCACAGAGGAGGACUCUGAGUAUGAGGAGCAGCCCGUCACAACUCACCUGGAGGAAGACGGAACCAGCCUCCUAAUCAGCUGCUCUCGGUGCAACAUCCGAGUUCACACCAGCUGUUACGGUGUGGAUCCCGCCAGUGUGAGCAAGGAGUGGAAGUGUGCGCGCUGCAGGGCCAAUGCCAUGACUGAGAACUGCUGUUUGUGUUCGCUGAGGGGCGGAGCCUUGCAGAAAGCCAACAACAACAAGUGGGUACAUGUGCUGUGUGCAGUGGCUGUGCUGGAGGCACGCUUUGUCAACACCACUGAAAGAAGUCCUGUGGAUUUAAGUGGAAUCCCUUUGCAGAGAUUUAAACUGAAAUGUUACUACUGUAAGAAGAGGAUGAAGAAGGCGUCGGGCUGCUGCGUGCAGUGCUCCCACGGCCGCUGUCCCACUGCCUACCACCCCACCUGUGCCCAGGCUGCUGGCGUCCUCAUGCAGCCUGAGGAGUGGCCCUUUGUGGUGCACGUCACCUGCUGUCGUCACAAAGGCCCCACUCAGAUAGAGCGCAAUAAGUCAGCCAUGCACGAGCUGACUGUGGGACAGAAGGUGAUUUGCAAGCACAAGAACGGCCGCUACUACCAGUGUGACGUGGUGCAGCUGUCGAAAGAGACGUUCUACGAGGUCAACUUUGAUGACGGGUCCUUCAGCGAAAAUCUCUUCCCCGAAGACAUCGUGAACCGAGACUGUGCUCAGCUCGGACCACCACCCCAGGGUGAUGUGGUUCAGGUGCGAUGGACAGACGGCCUGGUGUAUGGGGCCAAAUUUGUGGCAGCGCAUGCCUUCCACAUGUACCUGGUGGAAUUUGAGGAUGGCUCACAGCUAACGGCCAAGAGAGACGACGUCUACGCUCUGGAUGAGGAGCUCCCCAAGAGAGUCAAAUCCAGACUGUCUCAAGCUUCAGACAUGAGGUUUGACGGCAUCUUUGAAGAGAAGGAGAUCAUCAAGCAGUCGAAGAGGCAGAGAGUGAUCAACUCGCGUUACAGGGAGGACUACAUCGAGCCUGUGACUUACAGAGCCAUCAUGGAGUAGCCAUCGCUUCCCCCCUCCCUCCCUCCCACACACACACACACACACUCACACACACACACACACACACACCACCAGCACUGACGGAAUGAACUGUGCUCACCUUAACGUAGCAGCUAGCCACUGAGAGUGUAGCUCCAGAUGACUUCCUUCAGGACCUACUUUGGACUGUUCUCCAGUUAAAUUUUAUUUUUUGUACUUCUCAUUUAUUCAUCUUUGUUAACGCAAACCAGAUUUCUGUUUGCUUUGUUUGAUUGCGAUCAAAGAAACGGCAGUUAUGUAAGUUCCGUUGUUCCUCCAUAGGACUCCGCACACAGUGCUGUCGUACAGAAAAGUAGGAAGCGAUAAAAAAAAAAAAGGCAUUUGUUCAAGAAAGUGUAAUUCGUAUAUUAAUGUAGAAUUAAUUGCUCUAAACUAAACAUUUUAAUUACCUCUGCCACAUAUGUGUUUUAGUUGAGAGAUAAUAUCUCCCUUGUUUUAUUUCUUUCCUGCUGCCAUUAGUGGUGAUGAAACGGAGCCCGACGGGUAUCAAAGGUCGUUUUUAUUUAUUUAAUUUAGUAAAUUACUAAGUUGUGCCAUCACAUGGCUGAAAAAAUGCUUUCAAACUAUAACCCUUAUUAAAAUUCUUACUUGAUUAGUUUUUUGCUUGAAAGAAAAAGACAAAUUAUUUUCUAUUGAUUUGACAAAUUAAUGAAUUGAUCACCGUUCAGCUCUAAAGACAUUACCCAUGAUGCCUUCAGGCUCCGUAUUCUGAGGAGGCUAGUUCUGCUAUGCUAAUUGGAUGAAAUACACCUUUUAUGUAGGGAUAUGCUCCAUGAGCCAUUUCAAUUAAUGAGUUCCCUAAAACUAGACGUUGACAAAGGGCCCUUCUCCAAGACAGGGCCGCGAUAUAUAAUUCUCGUCUUCUUUUUGUCUCACUGACUCAAACUGAAGCACUACAGCGGGGGAUCGCGAGGCUGAAUUAUACUACUUCAUUAAAAUAGUUUAGGAGUAGAAUGGACAUUCCCAUUCAAAUCAAUGUAGGAGGAGAGCUUCACGCUGAGUAACGCUCGUCUAUGACCUCAUCCGUCAUCUUGCUGAAAAUCAUAUUGGCUUUAGGAACCUCUUGAGUUUAAUAACAUCAUUGAGACCGGUACUUUUCCUUACAGAACAUUUGUACCUGCAGUCCUAAAUGAUGCCUGCCAUUUCUUGAAACAAUGAAGUUACAGGGAGAGUAUUUCUUAAAAGCAAACAAACACGCACAUACAGAAAAGUACUAAAACUAAUUGUUUUUUCUAUACUACUGUAGUAGGUACAGUACCUUUCUGUACAAAUACCAAAUCCGUUCUUGUUUUGAUACCUUCCUUUGAGAAACAUGUAGAUCUUUUUAAAAUUUUGAUCUAGAUAUUUACGGAUAUGUGCAUCAAGAAAAAGGGAAGCAAAAGCUUUUAAAUGUUGUUAAACACAAGAACAUUGAAACGGUUCAAAUUUCAAUUGCUAUGCAGACUGGAUUACUAAUCUGACCAAAUACUCGCCAACAGCUUUUUGGCCCUCGACAGGUUUUUCUGCUCGGUGCUAUGGGACACAUUUUUGGUACGUACCCAAGAAAGCUUUAAAGUAUAAUCUGCCCUUUUUUGAAGUGGACAUCAAUAUUGGAGAGUUUAAAAGAAAACCACAUCAUUGAAACAAACAUGUUGUGUUAAGGAUUGGUUGAGCACGGCGUUAUCUUCGUAGCGUGACAGAAUAAUCCUGUCUUUUCUCUGGGCUCUCAACUACAAUUUGAGGCUCUAAAAAAAGAUAGCAAAUGGCAUUGGAGUUGAGAUUAUUAUCUUGUGACCAAGAUAUGUCUUGGGCUGUAAAAAGAGAUGGAGACACCGUUUAGGACCGACUAAGCUCCCGAGUGGAGUGCUGCAGACUGAGUCUGCAAUUCAAAAGUUUUUUACUGAAUAGUUUUGUUGUUUGAAAGAAUCCCCCGACAACUUCACACACCUGUGAGUAGAAACAUUUACCGCAGCAUUCCGGAUGACAUGAUUGUGAAAUAUAGACACAAAAAUAUGAAUAGUAUAUGUUGAAUAUAUUUCUUUAAUUAGGAUCUGUAACAUGUAAUCCCCCGAUGGCUCCUCUUUUAACUGUAACAAUGAACAGCAUUCCUUUACCUUUUUAAUUUAGAAGAACUAAGUAUGGCUUGUUUUUACCAGCCUAUUCAUUAAGGUGCUUUGACAGAAAUAAAAUGACAGUAACACUGCAGAGGUUGAGAUAGAUUUUUCUACAGUAUAGACACAUUUAAAAAAACCGUCAGAUUUUUAAUGCGUUUGUCUGCCCACUUGUUCCCUCACUCUUCUACUGAUAGUUGUGCAUCGCACUUUUAUUUAAAUUCAGUUUGCAAGGACGUUUUAAGAAUAUAUAUUUUUUUGCUGCCAUUGCCUAUUUUUACAAGAAAAAAAGGUGUUAAUUGUACGUUUAUAAAAUGUCUUACAGAUUGUGUGCCCCUCAAGCUCAUUGGUCACAUUGCACUAGCUCCCGGGACACGGUGGCCUUCAUCCGAUACCUGUGAACUUGUUCUUGUUGUGACUGCAGACGGAGGAGUGGGCGCCGUCCAGUUAGUCGCUGCCAAUUCAAGGACCCCGCUUCCAUCAGUUCAGUGGCAAAUGAAUUUAUUGUAUUCAUAAAGUAUCAACAGAGUUGUACAUGGGUGGGGGGGGUUUUGUAUUCUAUUUUAUCGCGAUGUUUUGUAAAACAUGCUCCGUGUAUUUUUCACAGGAAUCUGUGGAGUGUAAAUGUCAUGUAUCUAUUUUAAGAUGUUACCUGUUACCCAGGAGAUGAGCUGUCUGUUCUCGCUCUCUCCUCCUAAAGAUAAAUAACUGGAGCAAUUUGUCAAAUUAAUUUGUUCGUUUCAGUAAAGAAAAAUUUGCUUCAGUC